AUGAGUGGUGUUCAAUUCAAUCAAGAUUUGCCUCCACCAGGUGGAUAUGAACCAAUCCGAUACAAGAGAAAUUUACCCGCUCGCGGACCGGGAGGAUUGGCAAUCUUUGGUGGUGUGAUUGCAAUUUGCACAUAUGGUUUUUGGAGAUUAGGACAAGGAAAUUUAGAGCAACGCGAAUUGAGACGUGAAAAGGCAUGGUCGCGUAUUCAUUUGGUACCCGCUUUGAUGGCAGAAGCAGAUCGUGAUACAUACAGAAGAGAACAAGCACAGCUAGCAAGAGAAAAGGAGAUUAUGAAAGAUGUAAAGGGAUGGGAAGCUGGAAAGAGUGUUUACAACACAAAACGUUAUACACCAAGCAGCUUCGUUGUUCUUUAA